CAAAAGGUGAUUCCUUCUCCGUGAAUUUCGAAGGGAAACACCGCUUCCAGGGCUUUAGAAUUUGCAUCCCCUCAGUCUCUCUUUCAAAAUGGCGAAUCAACACCAUUCAUCGUCGUCGCGGCCAUGGCUCCUCGAGGCAGUGCCUCUCAUGGUCGUUGUCCUGAUAGCAGCUCAUGUCCUCGCUUUGGUAUACUGGAUUUACAGACUAGCCUCCGAGAAACAGCCUCAGAGGAGAAAGGCACACUAAGGAACACUUCAAUUUUGAUGCACAGAAGAUGAAGAAGGUUGGUAAAACCCUAAUUCGUAGUUUACUCUAAAAAUACAAAAUAAUGGCAACGAUUUUUUGUUAGUAUAAUUCGUUGGCAGUGCCCAUUUUUGUUAAGGAAACAUACGCACUCAACAACAAAUGUUGAAUUUUCAUAAUCAGUGUAAGUAUUCAAUUGCUUGGUAUGUAAAUAGGCUUUGAUCGGGUGUCAAUCGAUGGCUCAUACGGUUUAAGCGAAGCUAACUGAUACCGAUCCGAGUGGUUCUUCGGUCUUAGUUGCUGAAAACUUGAAAUUGUUAGAGGACUUCUUUUCUUCUUGCAGUUUAAGGAAGUAGUUGCUGUAACAUUCUCCUGUUAGCCGGUGCUGCAUCUCCUUGUUUCUUCUUUCAUUGUGUAGGUUCUGUUUGGUUGCUGAGAAAAUUAGAACAAGAACAAACUACUAGCUUCUUUUGCGCAGUCGUAGAUAUACAUUUCCUACAGUAGCUCUACUCCGGGCUCCGUUUGGUUGCCUUGGAAAUGUAAG